AUACUCCUCAUUUGAAUUUAGGGAACUUUGGGAAAUUAGUCCCAGAGGAAGUUUGGGCCAUUUCUUCUGAGCUGAAGGGCUGGUUCCCUGCCUGGCCUGAUAGGGUUUGAGAAGAGAGAGAGGCCUCAUUCUCUCCUUACUUAAUUCUGCCCUCUCCCUGUCUCAGGGUUCAUUCAUGUUAUGCCCUUCCACCCCACAUUCCUCUACUCUUGACUUCAGGAAAUGCUGGUCAUUAUCUAUGAGACAAAGGUAAACACAGGAUGUCAAACAGAACAAACAGGAGACUGAGGUCAGAGUAAGGGAUGUUAAAUAUAUGCCUUGGGUAGGGGUCUGGGGUAGGGGAGAGUUUCAGAGACAGGAGAUGCUGUCAAAAUUUCUGUGCUCCAGUACCUAAGACUAGGAGUUAGCUAGGAUCACCUACUAUGUGUCUAGCACUGCAUAACAGGAAGUGUUUUUUGGGUAAGUGGAAAGGAAUGGGAAUAAGCUGUACUUCCCUCCCUCCACCACCCUCAUGAUCCUUUCCAAUUUCACUCCUACCAGUACCAGUGCUUUUUUUGAAUGUAUAACUUCUGUUUCUUCAGUCUGUAGAUCUUCCAGGCAUCUAUCUACCUUUGGCUUGUGGAGAGUAGGGAAGAAGUUCUAGCAGGAAUAAAUUGCAUAUAACCAUCUCCCCAGCCUAUCUACAUAAAGAGACCAGUCUUCUGUCCUGAAAAUAUUUCCUAGUUUAAGAUAAUCUCAUGUUCCACUAGCCUUUCCUACCUAGUACAGUUGAUCAUGGGCUUGAGGAAGACUAGAAGAAAGCCAAAAUUCAGAAAGGUGCCCUGGAUUGCAUGGAUGAGUAUGGGUUUACAAACAGCUGGGUCUGUGAGGCCACAGGGUGGCGCCAGAGUAAGGAUCUCCCUGAGAGAGGCCCAGGAACUACACUUCCCAGGAGGCCUUGUGCAGGCGCCCGAGACGGAACUAUCGGAGGGGCAGGACCUGCGGACGCUCGUUUGUGAGGCGCUAGUGCAGCGUCGAUGGCUGGCCCAGUAAAGGACCGAGAGGCCUUCCAGAGGCUAAACUUCCUGUACCAGGCCGCCCACUGUGUCCUUGCGCAGGACCCCAAGAACCAGGCGCUGGCGAGGUUUUACUGCCACACGGAGAGGACCAUCGCAAAGCGGCUGGUCUUGCGGCGGGACCCCUCAGUGAAGAGGACCCUCUGUCGUGGCUGCUCUUCCCUUCUUAUCCCUGGUCUCACCUGCACCCAGCGUCAGAGACGAUGCAGGGGACAGCGCUGGACAGUACAGACCUGCCUGACAUGCCAGCGCAGCCAACGUUUCCUCAAUGAUCCUGAUCAUCUGCUCUGGGGAGACCGGCCUGAGGCCCAGCUGGGGAGCCAGGCAGGUGAGAGAUCCCAAAUCUCCACAACCCCUGCCAAACACAGCCCACCCCAUUCUAGCCCACCUCUGUGAGGAGAAAGUGCAGCAUGAGAGCUCCAGCCACCAGUGAUGGAUUCACCUUAUCUUCGAAAUAAAUAAAGUAUAUUGGUGUCUCA